CCUUUUUUUUGCAUCUGCAGCUCCGUCGCAAAUCCUUGGGGUCUCCUCUUCUCUUCCUUCUCCAACAAUACGAACAGGCUGAAAGCUCACAGUUUUCAACAUGGCGCCCGGUCUGCUAUCAUACGUCCCCAUCAUCAACCGCUUCGUCUCGGACGGCGAGCGAGCGCAAGCCAUCGACAUCCCCGCCGUCCAAGUCCACGAUGUCGAGACCGACCACGACAGACGAGCGAGGUGCCUCAAGCACCUGCUGAGGGCGAACCACGUCAACCACUCCAUCAUCUACCAUAACCUCCAGUUCGACAACCAUACCGCACACGUGCUCUCCUCAGCCUACCUCCUCGGCGCGAACGACCGGCAAUUGCAAACCAUCUACGAGGCCGAAUCCAAGGAACUCGAGCCAUGGAAGGAAUCACCGGCCGAGGUCACCGAAGACGACUGGAGAGAUCUACUGGGCGACAAGACGUACCAGAGAGCGUACGUCGACUUCUUUGAAGACUCGCUGGCAUACAGCUCGUACGACUGGAAAAAGGUUGUCGACAAGUUCAUGUUCACGGGCGAGGAGCCCCUGGUCCACGGACUCAUCGGUGGCCUUGGCCACCCCCUCAUCCACCUCGGAUACGCAUACGAGAUGAACUCUAAGGAGAUCGCCAUCGAAGCACUCGCCUUGACCGCCACACAAUACAACUUCUUCCAUCGAUAUCUCGACGACAAGUCCUACACGAAGCCCUCGCCGUUCGGUUCCAAGUCGAUCUUUCAACUGACCAACAAGUUGGCCGAGGACAAGCGUUUUGAUGGCUUGUUCAAGGAGCCGGCGCUGGACAACCUCAACGUCUUGUUCGAGAAGCACGAGAGCCUCGUCCUGGAAUACUGGAAUGCCUGGGCCAUCACCGACCCUGUGAAGCAAUUCGAGGAGUCCCAGGAGCUCGCCGUCGCGCUCCUCGUCGCGACGGUUCCCCGUGGAACUCACGCAUACAACUUCUUCGCCGUGCACCUCCUGACGACGAGCCAUGCCGUGCGCAUUCUCCUCCCCUUCAUUCCGGUCAAGUUCCAUGUCGACUUGGUGAGGGAAUGGUGGUUGCUGGUUCUCGGCGUGUACAUAUCUCUCCUGCGACCAAAGAUCGACCCCGACAACGUCGAGACGGACCUGAAGGGCCGACACUGGGGCCACGCUGAGCACGAGGCUCUGAACUCGCAAUGGGCGACAGAUGCACACUACGUCAAAGCCAUCCGCGCCAUGAAGGAGGCGUCCAGGACAUGGGGUGAUGUCCACGAACGCUAUCUGGCUUCUGCUCUGACUUUUGUUGACAACUUCCGCGGGUGGACUUUCUGAGCGCCGGACGCAGUGUGUGUUGUUUGAUGGGGUCGUGAACCAGCCGACGUAUCCCCUUGAAGAAGUGGAUGCUUCGAUGCCAUUGCGCACCUUGGCUGCGCAUAUUGUAUAAUAUUGAAAUUUAUAGCCAUGGGAAUGAAUCUGAACGGGUAACGAGGGUUUGCAAUGUAUCUGUCUGGAAGCCAAGCGAUGUGUCCCACUGCGUGACAACUGCGUGAC